AUCGCAGCCUCUCUAAUUUAUCGUUUUUCAUUCCAAUACCACCGAAGCCUACCUAACACAGAGCAAUGAAAUUGCACCGAAUUAUACACAGAGCAACGCGUCCGAGUCAACUCUGUUUCUAAGCUCUCUCUGUGAUCGCGACCAACACGCCUCGAUUCCGUUGUUUCGAUUUGACUCUGUAACUAAAGGCAUGGAAGAAGUGUCAAGUAGUUCUCAGAGUGUGGAGCUGCUAGAGCAUAAUGAAGGUAACAUUGAGAAUGAAUCGGAGAAAACAAGCAAUGUAGAAGAGAGAGUAGAGGAUCCUAAGGUUGGCAUGUUGUUUGAUUCCAUUGAUGAGCUUGUGGAAUUUUACAAAUUGUAUGGGAAGGCAAAGGGUUUUGGCGUGUCUAUAAGAACCUCUAAAAAAGGAACCGAUGGGAAGGUGAGGUAUGUGACCGUUGCUUGUUGUCAUACUGGAAAGCAAAGGAUCAGAUCAAGCAACCCCCUUAAGUUGAAACCACAGUCAAAAACAGAUUGCAAAGCUAAGCUUAGUGUAGUUCUAUGCCCCGAUGAAAAGUGGAUGCUGAACUCCAUGAUACUUGAUCAUAACCAUGAAUUGAGUCCAGGAAAAUCCCGGUUUUACAGAUGCCACAGGGUUCCUCAAUCAUCUAGGAAAAGGAGGCUUGAAUUGAGUGAUAAAACCAGUAUACUGAACAAUAGUUUCAAUUCAUUUGGGGUUGAUGCAGGAGAACAUCAGAAUUCGCCUUUUUUAGAGAAUGAUUGCAUACAUCUUGUUGAUAGAGUCAAAUGUUUACAGCUGCAGGAAGGAGAUGCUACUGCAAUGAACAAUUACUUUUUAAAGAUGCAAGUUGAUAAUUCAAACUUCUUUUACAUGAUGGAUUUAGAUGAAGAGGGUCGACUAAGGAAUGUGUUGUGGGUAGAUGCAAGGAGUAGGGCGGCAUUUAAAGAGUUUGGUGAUGUAGUUACAUUUGAUACAACAUACUUGGUUAACAAGUAUGACAUGCCAUUGGCUCUUUUUGUGGGGAUGAACCAUCAUGGGCAAUUGACUUUGCUAGGUUGUGCACUGAUAUCAAGCGAAGACACCGAGACAUUUACAUGGCUAUUUCAGUCUUGGCUUACUUGCAUGUCUGGAUGCCCUCCUAGUGCAAUAAUUACAGAUCAAGACCAAGCCAUGAAAAAGGCUAUAGAGAUUGUUUUUCCUAAUGCACGACACCGGUGGUGCUUGUGGCAUAUCAUGAAAAAGAUGCUAGAAAAAUUGAGAGGAUGCGGACAAUAUGAAUCAGUCAAGUUUUGUAUGCAAAAUGUUGUUUAUGAUUCCUUAACGAAAGAAGAAUUUGAAGAAAGUUGGGGUAGGUUCAUUGAGAAGUAUAAAAUUGAAAGAAAUGAAUGGUUGCUUGGGUUGUAUGAUGAGAGGCAUCGUUGGGUGCCUGCCUUUGUGAAAGAUAUUUUCUGGGCAGGAAUGUCAACCACACAGCGAAGUGAAAGUAUGCAUGCCUUCUUUGAAGGGUAUGUCAAUUCAAAGACUUCUUUGAAACAAUUUCUAGAACAAUAUGAGAAUGCUCUGACAAAAAAGGUGGGAAAUGAAAAUAAGGAAGAAUUCAAUUCUUUUAAGUCAUGCCUCCCAUGUAUAACUCGUUAUGAGAUGGAGAAGCAAUUUCAAAGUGCUUACACGACGGCAAAAUUUAAAGAAUUUCAGCAACAGUUAAUAGGAAAGAUUUAUUGUAAUUUGUCUUCAUGUAAGGAAGGUGCUACCAUUUCAGAAUAUGCAGUAGGUGAAGAUAUAUCAACUGGAGAAAGCCACCGGCGUGCAAUUUUUUAUGUUUUAUUUAAUGAGGUUACCAGUGAAGUUAAUUGUAAUUGCCGGUUGUUUGAGUAUAGAGGAAUAUUGUGCAAACAUCAAAUUGUGGUGUUGAUUCAGAGGAUGAUUUAUCAAGUACCAGACAAGUACAUCUUAAAAAGAUGGAGUAAAACUGUCAAAAGGGGCCACACUAAGAUUCGGAUCUGUUAUGACAAUUGGUUUGUCAAACCUGAAGCACGCCGCUUUGAUAAAAUGUGCAAUGCCUUUCAUGAAGUUGCUGAUUUGGCAACUGAUACUGAAGAUAGAUGUGAGAUGGUGAUGACGUGGAUACACAAAUUAAAUGGGGAGUUGAAAGAAGCGGAAGAUGUUUGUGGAACCAAUAAGCCUAUUUCUGGCGGGCAAGUUAUGAGUUGGCAGAGCUUUGAAUUCAUGGGUUGUUUGUUAAAUACAAUUCUAAUCUAUUAUCACAAUUUUGAUCAUGCUUUCAAAAUGUAUUGAUGGUGAUCUUUUUGCAGGUUAGAAGCCAAGGUUGAAAUCAUCAUUGGGGGAACAAGUGGAAUUAGAGCAAGCACAGUGCUGUAGAUGUAUGGCAUGCUCACAUAUCUUCAUGUAUUUAGAUGUUUGUUUUGCAUUUUAACAACUGGAGAAAACAACAGGAGAGGGUUCCAAGCAUCAUGGAUUUUGCUAUAUGUAUCUAGUUGUGUUUGUUUUCUGCAACACAUUGAGUGAGGACGUUAUCUUCCAGCAUAUGUGUUCUUGGGCUACCAACGUGAUAUUUAUAUGUAGGUUGUCUAGGUAAUUUGUAUGUACAAAAUUUCAUUGAAAACAGUAGUAUUGAUCUCUCAAAGUUCACUCUGUUUGUCUGAGAUGAUGCUGAUUGGGAUGUUGUUUACAACUGAAUUUGGGAUUUUCUGGGA